CCCUGCGCCGCGGAACACUCGACACCAGCGACAAACCCAACAAAGGGGUGGUUAUUCUCGAUAGCACACACUAUUCUGCUAAAUCGUUCCCUCAGGCUAGGAUUACCCAGCUGUCUCUUAGGAUUGGCGAAUUACCUAUAUUAUUUUCGUGUGCUUCGUAUGCUCCUGCUGUCGCUAACCGCAAUCAACUAACCGCAACUGUAACUGCAACCGCAACCGGACUUUCCUACACCACGCCUAAACACCAAUACCUACCAACUUCCCUUGCUUUAUGUUGGGGCUCUCCUCGUCAUGUUUCAGAGAUUCAAGAGCGCAAUCGACCGGUCCAUCGCCGAAGAGCAGGCUAGACACAGGGCAAGCAUUGAAGCGCAGAAGCAAGCGCCGGGCUCAGCCAACUCCGCCUCACGGCGAUCACGAUCUUCGAGCGGCGCAGGGACACAGUCACCGGCCCGGAGGCCUCGACCAACAAAAAAGGCCAGCGAAGACCUUACGACGAAGGACGCGAAUGGCGACGGGGCUGCUAACCCCGACCCCGCGGUCUUUGAAGCUGCCUUUGUCAUCGACGAUGCCGACGAGACAGCUGACCCCUCAAGGGCAGCGACGCCGCCGUCACUAGACAAGGAUUCAAAAACUGGAGAUGCCGAUAAGGAUGCGGAGAAAAGUGCUGGCACUGCGCCGAGCAACGGCGUUGCUGACCCGCCGCCAAGUGAGGAAGGGAGAGAAGCCGGUGCUACCAACAUAGGGCAAGCGGCCAAGAUUUCCUUACCCGUUGUGCCCAACUUACCUCCAGAGGUACGGGCCCGUCUUCGGAAGCUUGAAAAGCUUGAAAAGACAUACCCAGAGCUCCUGCGUUCCUACCGUAUCGCUCAUAGCCGAGCAACGUCGAUCGAGCCGUUCGAAAGAGCACUCAAGGAGAACACGCCGCUCACCUCCAUCAAGGACCCCGAAGCUCUGGUCGAGUACUUGAACCAAGUCAAUCUGAGGAACGACAUGGUGAUGGAAGAGCUCAAGCGUGUCACAGCCGAAAAGGAUGCCUACAAAAGGAAGGCGGACGACGCUGAAAAGGAGCUUGUCGUGCUGAAGGAGGAAGUUGCUGCGUUGAAGACAGCAAAAUCCCCCAGCACGACGGGAGGGCAUGAGAAAGAUUCUGAGACCACGAGUGCAGAGGCAAGCGGUACUGCUGAAGCGCAGAAAUCCCCUGUCUCGCGCGUGCUGGAAGUCUUCUCCCCCAAGCAGAAGCCAUCGGAGCCUUCGGUUUCGCAGGACGCUGGCGACAAGGAAGACUUCUUCUCGUACGACAAUGAAAUACCACAGCUCCAAGCUGAACUUUCAAGGAAAUCCGAAGAGGUGGAAAAGCUUCAGGGCGAAGUGCGGAACUUGAAGGAUGAGCUAUCUCUGGUAAAAGAGCACAGCGCUGGCCUUGUAGAGAGCCUGGAGAACGCCACCAGAGAACUCAGCGAGAGCAAGGAUGCUGCCGCAGUCAAGGCUUCGUUUGAGACUCAACUUGAGGCUAGGAAUACCGAGAUCUCAGCCCUUACCGAACGGCUCGACAAGGCACAUUCUAAGCUUAGGGACGUCGAGGCGCAGCUCGAGGAGGCUAAACGCGAAGCAGCGGAAGCAGCUAAGGAUAAUGCAACCCGGCUCACUGCUUCCAUCUCUCGGAAUGAGGAACUGGAAAGGGAGCUAAAGAGCGCGGACCAAGCCAAGUCUGCCCUGGACAAGAAGAUCCAAGGCCUAGCGUCGGAGAUUGAGCUGCUGAAAAAGGCCAAUGCCGAAGCGGAAUCCAGGGUCGACGAACUCAACAGGAAAAUCCAACCCGCAUCCACCUCGACCGCUGCUCCUACAGGAGUGGAGUCGACUCAAGAGAGUUCACCUGCCGCUGCCACCGCGAGCGGGUCUAAGAAGAAGAACAAGAAGAAGAAGAAGGGAGGCGCCUCAGCCAUUUCUGCUUCCUCAGAGCCGACUCCAAGUGAAGCGUCAGUAGCGGCGGACCAAGCGCCACCUUCACCGCAACAAGGGCCGACAAGCGGGGAGCUGCAGGCCGAGUUAGAUCGUCUCCUGGCAGAGCUAGCCGAGAAAAAUGGCCGGAUUGAGAGCUUGUCCAAGCAGCGCAAGACCGAGGAAGAACUCCGCGAGGAAAUCGAAAUUUUGCAGGAGAACCUGUUGACGAUUGGCCAAGACCAUGUCGAGGCACGGGAGAGGAUCAAGGAACUAGAGGCCGAGAAGAAGGCGCUGAAGGAGCGCAUUUCUGAGCUCGAAAAGGAGGUUGAGACUGCGGCCUCGGCAACCAGAAACAAUUCCGCCCUGCAAAGCGAGCAUGAAUCGCUGAAGCAGGAGUUUGAUAGUCUCAAGAUGAAGUCGUCAACACUUCAAUCCGACCUGGCCGCCGCGCAACAGCUAGCCCAGACUCGCUACAAGGAUCUCACUGAUUUGCGGGAGGUGCUCCAGAAGGCUCAGCCCGAGCUCAAGUCUCUUAGGCAGGACUCUGCAGCACUCAAGACGACACGAGAAGAGCUGGCUGCUAAGAGCACGGAACUACGCGAGCUGGAGAAGCGCGAGAAGGAUCUAAAGUCGGAGCUCACGCGGGCUCAGCGGCUGGCAUCCGACCGUGAGGCCGAGAUCAAGUCGCUUCAUGAGAAGGUCGCACAAGAGACAAACGCGCGACUACGGUUAGAAGACGAGAAGCGUGUGGCAGGCCGCGACCUUCGUCGUUCCGAAGCCGAAAAGAUUGAGCUGUCAGCAAGAGAAGAAAAGGCCACGCGCGAGCUACAGCGCGUCCAAGAAGAGGCAGCCAAGUUGCGGCCUCGCAUUAGGGAGCUUGAGGACGAAGCCGCCAAGCUAAAGAAGGAGCAGGACGUCCUCCGCGAGGAGAUAGAAUUCAAGACGAACCAGUACAGCAACGCGCAGAACCUCCUUAGCAGCAUGCGAGACCAAACGGCCGAGCUAAGCAUCCAGCUCAAAGAGAGCCAGUCACAGUGCGAGAGCCUCGACGAGGAGCUGGCCGAGGCACGCAAGAUGCUCGGCGAGCGUACGCGCGAAGCCGAGACCAUGCGCCGCUUGCUUGCUGACGUCGACGAGCGCGCCGACAACAAGGUGCGCGAGAUGCGCGCAAAGAUGGACGCGGCCAUCGAGGAGCGCGAUCGGCUGGAGGACGAGUCGAGCGCUCUCGCACGGCGCAAGGCGCGCGAGACGGAGGAGCUCAGGCAAAAGAUCCGCGACCUGGAGCGCGAGGUGAAGGCGCUCGCAACCGAAAAGGAUGACCUCGAGCACAAGGAGCGCGAAUGGCGGAGGCGGCGCGAAGAGCUGGAAGCGUACGAGGAGAGGGCCGGGGCCGAGGUCACCGAGAUGCGCACGACCGUGACCAACCUGCGGUCGACGCUGGAUGCCUCCGAGCAGCAGGUCAGGGACUCGGAGAAGAAGAACGCCGAGCUCCGCAGGGCCCUGGACGAUUACCGGCUGCGCUACGACAAGCUGGCCAAGGAGGCCAAGGCGUUGCAGGCCAAGCUUGUGUCGUCUCCGGCGGCCGUUGCGGUUGCGAGCCCCGGCCGGAGCUCAAUGGACUCGACCCGCUCCGGCGGUACUAGUACUAUGAGUGGCGCAGGACAGGGACAGGGACAAGGGAGUGGCAGCGGUCAGGACGCGAUGUAUCUGAAAACGAUUUUGUUGCAGUUCUUGGAGCAGAAGGAUAACAAGCUUCGAGCGCAGCUUGUGCCGGUCUUGGGGAAGUUGCUUAAGUUCGACAAGUCGGACGAACAGAAAUGGCUUGCUGCCAUUCAGCAUAUUCACAACCGGUGACCCUUCCUUGCCUUUGGCUCUGGGAGUUCGAGGCUGCGGUGCUGUCUUCAUGCAUUGUACUGUACAUACUGUUUACCCUUGCUUUGCAAUGGCACUGGCAUAGCUAGGCACGGGGGAGCUUUGGAUUGGAUCUGUAACAUAUAGAUUUGCGUGCUGUGUCUUGGAAGGGUAGAGGCUUUGUGAGAGGCUUGAGGCACCGGGGUCGGAGGGUAAUGGGGUGUCAAAUGGAUGAAAUUCGGCCGCAGAAUCUAUUUCGUGCUACCCUCUCGCUUCUAUGGCACUGGAAAGUGCAGGCAUUCGCGGAUGACUGGAGGUGGAGUGGUGCGUUAGAUCUCCCUUCAUGUCCCAUCCGAGUCUUUUACGCAAGGUACCGUACGGUCCGUACGCCCUCAUCACCCGCCCCGGGCCGUUGGAUAUAUUCACACUCGACCAGCAUCUCCACACAUCCCCAGAUG